CGGGGAUGAAUCAAUCUGAUCACACAGGACAUUCAAGUCUUUGAUUUACUCUUCAUCCAUUCACCCGCAUCACAGCUGCGAUUACAAGCUUGCAGACAAUGUGGAUGGCCCAGCCAACCUCGUAGCGAACACUGAGCAGCGGCUUACUGCGUCACUCCGUCUUUUUCACAUUCUCGCUCGCAUCAUGUCCUACUUUCAGAACCAGAUCAGCUCGUUCAACAGCAGCGUCGUGUCUGCUGCAAAUCGUCUUCCACAAGAUCGACGAACGGCCGGAAGCAACCUCGCUGCUGCUGCAUCAUCAUCCGUUGUUACUGCAGCUGCCAGCGCACAAGCUGCUAGAUCUUAUUCCAGUACACCCGCUGCGAGUGGCCGCCGACAUGAUGCGGAUACCAUCUAUUCUCAACCGGCCAACACCGGCACGGGGAAAGAUAUCAUGACCCAGGUCGUGUUCGCUAUCGACCAUAUGAAAAGCAAGGACUACGCGCUCAAGUUUGCGGAUAUCCUCUCCUACCUCUCGCUCCAGCAGCAGGGACAUGACCCGGGCUACAUUCAGGCACUGAAGCGCAUUCUCCAGUCUCACGAUAAGGUGGAAUAUGAUCCUUCGGGUGCUAAUGGGGAGGGUACCUUCCGGUUUAAGCCUCCGCAUAAUAUCCGCUCAGCCGAGCAAUUGCUUCGAAAGCUUCAAUCCCAGCCGACGGCGCAGGGCAUGAGUGUGCGUGAGCUACGGGAAGGGUGGCCCAAUAUUGUUCAGACUAUCGAUAAGCUAGAGAAGGAAGGAAAACUGCUUGUUACUCGAAAUAAGAAGGACGACCACCCCAAGAUGGUGUGGGCGAAUGAUCCUUCACUCAUUCAGCAUUUUGAUCCCGAGUUCCGGCAAAUCUGGGAGAAGAUCAAGAUACCCGACCAACAGGCGGUAACUGAAGAGUUGGAGAAGGCUGGAAUUACAUCAACAAGCAAGAAUAAGGUGGCCAAACCAAAACCAAAGAUCGAGCAUAAGAAGGUGAAGAAGGCACGACGCAGUGGGAAGACUACUAAUACACAUAUGGUAGGGGUGUUGAGGGAUUACUCCCACCUGAAGAGAUGAUGAAUUAACUUAUAGAUGCCACGAUAGAUUUUGUAUCUUUGCUUUAUGCAAACUUUUUUUUCUGAAAUAGCUGCAAGGGUAACAGAAGACACACGGAACAAGAAUGGUGGGGUUGUCUUUUAUAAUGUUACGGAACGGAGUUAGCGUCCGUAUAUUGUUUCUUUCUUCCCUUUUUUUUUGGCCCUAGGAUUGAGCUUUUAUGUAUAUGGUAAUGCUCUCCAGGCUUAAUGGAUUUCAGUUAUAGUCAAUAAACAAACAUCACCUCACCAGGUGGGAGCUGCAUUCCUUACAUCUUCCUAUCUCCGCUUGAACGCUCUAGCAAGCUGUACUGAUUGGAACAUUCAAAACCAAACCAACUCUCUAUGUCUAGUUAACUAGGGAAUUGAGAAACCAAAAAUCCGAACAAGGUCUAGCUGGUCGCUGCUCACUAGUGAAUUCCUUUCUUUUUGAUGGAGAGGGGUCACAAAUUUCAAGCACAGCAAGAAAAGACCAAUACAACAGAGCUGUCGACGGGGUAUAGAAGUACGGCGUAAUAUGAACACUGAGGAUGAAAUGAUAAAAUACAACCCAAAAGGCCCUAUCAAAACAAGCAACGACAAUCGCAGUCGCACAAAAAGUCUAAUGUUUCCCAUUCACCUCCACACCUCCUUCUUUCAUCAAAUACUCCCUCAAAUCCUCAAUCGUACAAACCUUUAGACCCCACCGUUUUCCAAACUCCAAACAUCUCUUGCCCCGCAUCAUCCCAUUCCCCUCCAUCGCCGGCACCCCUUCCACCUCCACUCCAUCCUCAACAAGCUCACAGAUAACAGCCGCCUCUGGCUUCCCUGCCAGCCGGCAGAAGUCCAACGCCGCCUCCGUAUGGCCGGGUCUCUCAAGGACGCCGCCAGGUCUAGCUUGUAAGGGUAGGAUGUGUCCUGGUCGGCGGAAGUGGGAGGGCUGGACGUCUGGGCGGGCGAGGGUGCGGCAGGUAAGAGCACGGUCAUGGGCAGAGAUACCCGUGGUGACGGACGGGUCGGUGGCGUCAAUAGUGAUUGUGUAGGCUGUGCCGUUUGGAUCGGCAUUCUCGACGACCAUUUGUGGGAGAUAUAGAUGCGUGCAGAGGGAGGCGGGGAUGGGGGCGCAGAUAUAGCCGCUGGAUUUAUUGUUGGUUAGAUACUUGCUUUCUUUUUCUCUCAAUUGGAUCUUAAACGAGAAGUGAAAUAUAAUGUGUGUAACACAUACCUGCUCCACCGUAUCAUGAACGCCAUCCUGGCCGCAGUCACCGAGUCCGCAGAAAUGAUCAGAUCCCCUUCAUUCUCCCGGUUUUGCGAAUCGAGGACUACGAUGAACUCUCCAUUUCCUACAUAUAGUAGAAAACGCACCUGUUAGCUUUCUUAUCUCUGUCUUAGCUCCUUUCUCUUCCAGCUUUUUCCGGAGUGGUUCCCGAGUUUGACCCCGCAAAAUCGAGCGUGGUUCAUGGAGGGGCAAAUUUUCCCAGGAAUUAGGAGAAAAACAGCAUGUCUUCUUACUGAACGCCUCUAUCGACUCCUCAAUCGUGCUGAACCGCAGGUUCUCGUCUGUUUUUGAAGGCAUGGGGUGCGGUUGUGUCUUCUCCGUUAACAGCUGAGCUGCUAGAGAUGUAAUGCGAUUUGGGGGCGUGCGGAAACUCGUCCAGUCACAGCAACAGCGCCAGAAAGCUAAGCAAGAGCCUGGCAGAGCACUACUCCUUUGGUCUCAGGUAAUAAAUAAGGUGAGAAAAAGCUAAUUCGUCCGUUUCCAAUGCGAGUUUGCUCUGCGCGGAAGUCCGUUCGGCAGUUCGACGGCGGGGGAGAACAAUGGGCAAAGAGGUGCCUUGACGGGAAGCAAUUAAUAUAUACAGGGAAAUGUCAACGAUGCGACGAAAUGCUUUUCUCUGUGUUGAACUCGGCGCGCGCCACAAAUUGGGCUUUCUGGCUGAAUUUGGCGGAGGCGGAAUGCUGACGGGAAUCAAUCGAUUGAGAAGGGUCAAAAAAACGAAGGGAACUAGAAGAACAUCAAUGAUCGUGACAGUGGUAUCCAAAAUAAUAUAUGUACACACGCACAUAUAUAUAGUAGAAUGAGACGGGCAAAGAAAAUAAAGCGGUGUUCCAAGCGGGUACGAGGAUCGCAAGAGAUUGAUUAUGAGAGGAAUUAAUAAUUGUUUUCUUAUUUCGGGCGGAAUAUUUUACAUAUUCCCGCCACAUGCCGCAAUGAGCCUCGGCCAGCGCUGCGCCUAACUAACGGGGGCGGGUGACAAACCUCCGUCAAAAUGCCAGUGCUUUUGCUUGCACAGAAUAGCUAGCAGUAAGGGAAUAAUAAUAAUAUAUACGGAAAAGUCGUAACAAACCAAUCCACAUAAUUCGGCUUAGAUUAAUUAUCGACUGUUAUAAAAAAAAAAAAAAAAAAUGCGACAAGCGCCUAUAAUAAACCAUAUAUAUCAAAAACUGUAUCCAAGACCAACAAUCUCAUCAUACCUUCUUCCCUAAUCUCGCAAAUCACCCAUCCUUUAUAUAUCUUAACCAAAUAGAAAACUAGAUUCCAAAAGUUAUAUACAUUUAUGGCACGCAAAUUCUCAUGCUCCCAUCCCAAAAUCCCCCAUCCACGUAAGUUCUUGCUGGUGCGUUCGAAAUGACUUAAAAACAGUCUCCGCGUACAGAGCCCUCU